AUGUUUGUUUCAGNNGGAGUGCCUGCAACACUUGACAGCCUUCGAGACUGUGCUUCUGUCGCCAAAGGCAAGAUCCCGAUUGCGUUCGAUGGUGGCGUGAGAAGAGGUAGUGACAUCUUCAAAGCAUUGGCGUUGGGUGCAGAUUUUGUAUUCAUGGGAAGAGUGCCGAUAUGGGGCCUUGCUUACAAGGGGCAGCAAGGUGUUGAACUUGCGGUCAAGAUCUUGAUGGCCGAGUUGCGCAUGACCAUGGCAUUGGCC